AUGGAAGCUUGUCACUCUCCACAGCAAUCCAAUGUCACUUCAUAUGGAACCACAAUUUUGGCCAUCAUCAGCCUGGAGACAUUUGCUGGCGUGUGGAUAAAUGCUUUCAUCGUUUGUGUGCUCUGCAUUGGCUGGGUCAAAAAGAAAACCCUGAACUCUAAUGAGAAGAUCUUGCUGCUGCUGGGAUGCUCCAGGUUUUGGCAUUUGUGCUUCUCAUGGGUUUAUUGCUCCUUUUCAAUAACUUAUCCCAAUUACCUUUAUGUUCAACCCACAUUUCAACUGAUUGUAUUUUUCCAGAGCUUUUUUAAUUGUUCCAACUUGUGGGUUUCAGCCUCCUGUCUUUGUUUUUUUUAUUGUAUAAAAAUUGCCAAUUUCAGGAACAGCUUCUUCAACUACCUGAAAGUACAAAUUGACAGGAUGGUGCCAUGGCUUUUGUUGGCAUCAGUGCUUUCAGCCUUGGCUAUCGGCAUCGUUGCCUUUGACAUGGCUGAUGGAGAGCUCAGUUACAGCCAGAAUUCCACUGGGCAAGGACAUGUUUCAAAACAGAGUGGGCAUAUGGAUGAAAAUUUUUUCCAGACGUAUUUUAUCUAUGGCUUUGGAUUUGUCACUUCUUUCACAGCAGUCAUCUGUUCUGCCCUGCUCCUUCUCUUUUCUCUCUGGAGACACAAAAGCAAGAUGAAGAAAAACUCCAUGAACAGCAUCAGCAUGGAUGCCCACAUCAGAGCCAUGAAAUCUGUUCUCUCCUUUUUAAUAACGUAUAGCAUUAACUUUAUUUUUUUGAUCCUAACACUAAUUCCUUCAACAAAGGAAGAGAAUCAUGUGGUUUUUCUUAGUUUACUAUAUCUCUAUGCUUUUCCUGGUGUUCAUUCCCUUCUUCUGAUUUUUAGCAGUCCUAAGAUGGAAAAGGCACUGUUAAUAUGGCUUCUGUCCUGUGUCAAGUGCAAGGUUUGCAUGAGGUAG